GUAUGUUAGGUUGCAUUGUAAGAGGGAGUGAUGAGGAAAGCACUUUGAAGAACACAGGGAGUUUCCAAGGAACCAGGACAUUUUCUUCAGAUGUUGCACAUCCGUGGAGCACUUCUCCAGAAACUCCAAGGAUAUAGUCAAGUGCUCAGAAGUGACAGAUAUGUAUCAGCCAGGGGCAGACUGACCAUUUGGAAACUCAGGCACUGCCUGAGGGCCCAGGGUCAGUAGGGGGCCCCAUGAGAUGCCCCUGGAACUUUUUUCAUAGGCUUUUUUGAGUUUGGGCAAGGACACAGCGGCCCCAUGAUCCCCUAUUGCCCGGGGGCCCCAU